CUGGGAGGCAUUAGUAGCUGGAGUGGCUGGAACUGUUUCUGCCCAAGGAGACGCUCUGCAGCCCAGGCUCGUGAGAGUAAGGUGGUGGUCAGCCCCAUGAGUGUGGGGCUCCUGGCUUGAAGAGUGAGGAUGGCAGUCAACAAGGGCCCCAGCUUGCUGGAUGGAGACUUCCCUGAGCAGGAGAGUGUGCUGCAGCGGGUGCUGCAGCUGCCUGUGGUGAGUGGCACCUGCGAGUGUGUCCAGAAGACUUACAUGAGCACCAAGGAAGCCCACCCCCUGGUGGCCUCCGUGUGCAACGCCUACGAGAGGGGUGUGCAGGGUGCCAGCAGCUUUGCCGCCUGGAGCAUGGAACCAGUGGUCCGCAGGCUGUCCACUCAGUUCACAGCUGCCAAUGAGCUCGCCUGCAGAGGCCUGGACCACCUGGAGGAAAAGAUCCCAGCCCUCCAGUACCCUCCUGAAAAGAUUGCGUCUGAGCUAAAGGAUACCAUCUCCACCCGCCUUCGCAGUGCCAGAAACAGCAUCAGUGUGCCCAUUACAAGCACUUCAGACAGAGUCCUGGGGGCUGCUAAGUCCAGCUGUGAACUGGCCUGGGAGGUGGCCAAAGACACUGCAGAAUAUGCUGCCAACACCCGAGUUGGCAGACUAGCCUCUGGAGGGGCUGACUUGGCCUUGGGUGGCAUUGAGAAGGUGGUGGAGUUCCUUCUCCCUCCAGCUGAGGAAAACUCAGCCCCUGCUGUUGGAUGCCAGCCAGCCCAGAAGCCUUCCAAGGCCAAGCUGAGUCUCAUGAGCAGGGUUGGGGCCUUGACACAUACCCUCUCUCAGCACACGGUGCAGACCACAGCUUGGGCACUGAAGCAAGGCCAUGCCCUGGCCAUGUGGAUACCAGGUGUGGCGCCUUUGAGCGGCCUGGCCCAGUGGGGUGUGUCAGUGGCCAUGCAGGUGGUGUCCCAGCGGAAGAGUGAGGUGCGGGCACCCUGGCUUCACAAGCUUACCACCGCCCAGGAGGACCAUGAUGACCAGACGGACACAGAGGGGGAGGAGACGGAGGAGGAAGAAUUAGAAGCUGAGGAGAACAAGGUCAGUGAGGUAGCCCUGCCCGGUCCUCGAGGGCUUCUGGGAAGUGUGGCACACACCCUGCAGAAGGCCCUCCAGAGCACCAUCUCAGCUAUGACAUGGGCACCUGUGGCUGUGCUGGGCACAGCAGGGAGGGUGCUGCACCUCACACCAGCCCAAGCUGUCCCCUCGACCAAGGGAAGGGCCAUGUCCCUAUCAGAUGCUCUGAAGGGUGUAGCUGACAAUGUGGUGGACACGGUGGUGCACUACGUGCCGCUCCCCAGGCUGUCGCUGAUGGAGCCAGAGAGUGAGUUCCGGGACAUCGACAGUCCGCCUGCCGAGGCCGAGCGCCGGGAGGCCGAGCGCGCGGCGUCUGGGGCGCUGCCCCCAGUCCUCCCCACCACGCCCCGCGAGAAGCCGAAGCGCAGGGUCAGCGACAGCCUCUUCCGGCCCAGCGUGCUGGGGCCGGUCCUGGGCCGUGCACAGAGCAGCCAACUGCGCAAGAAGAGCUGAGCACGUCCCGGCCUAAAUAGACGACGCACCCAAGCGCAUCUUUUCUUAGCCUCGCUCCUUUCGGGGCAUCGGUGUCAGAGCCAGAUUUUAAGAGGCACCAGCGCAGCAGUCUGCCCUGAUCUAUGGCUUGUUUUAUUACUAAAAUAGUAAUUGCUUAACUUGAUCGCUCACUUCUUUAACCAAACUUGAGGCCAAAUACAUUCGACUAUUUCCAAAAUUUAGAUCCUUUCUCUGUGGACCGAUAUUUGCCACCAGUAAGAUGUCACCACCCUGAGGUUCCAAACCAGAGUUCUGGACACGUUUUUAGCGCUGAACUUGGAGACCCCUGAUUAUCUAGGCUCUCAGUAGACUGCCUUGGCGACGAUCUUGCGCCGAAGCUCUUUCCUGUUCACUUUGCUCCCUGGGUACUCUAGCUCCGCAGACCAAGUCCCAGGCCCUCCUCUGCAGCGCCAUCUGCUGGCUCACUGUGGCACUUCCCUUUGUGUCAUUGUUGCCUUUCGUCCCAUAGUCACUCCUUUGAAAGCUCCCCAGAUCUUGGGGAUGAAAGUGGUGACCUUUCACCUCCAUGUAGCCCACAUGUAGAGUUUAUAGCCACAAUUCAUUCCCAGACCUGUUUUUGGAAAUGUUAAUAUUUGGUAAAUCUAGAAAAUGCAUACAUAUAAUUAAAACAUUCAAACACUGCAAAAGGGUAUGUGUCUUUCUUCCCUGGUCCGCUUCAUAAGAACAGCCACGGUGUGAUCUCCUGUGUAUCCUUCCUGUUAGACUUCAUGUACAAGCACGUAUUUCUCCUACCUCCGUUUACAUAAGCUGUGAGAUGUUACGCUCACCUUUUUUUUCACUUAACAAUAUAACUUACCAGUGUUAUAUGUACCAGUUAUAUAUGAUGUACCAGCAUCCUAAAUCCUACUUGCUCUUUUUAAUGGGUACAUAGUAAGUACUUUAUAAUGUGCAUAUGCCAUAUUUGAUUUAACUAGCUCCCUAAUGGUGGACUUUUAAGUUGUUUCCGAUAUUUUGCUACUAUAAACAGUGCUAUAAUAAAUGUCCUUAUAAAAAUGUC